AUGUCAUCUGGAAACGAGAACGCAUCCCCGGCAUCAUUGGGGGCUUCUGGUGGUGAUGGGAAUGGCAAUGGAAUCAGAUUGCCACCAAUUUCGUUCCUAUCCGUGCACCAAGGCUCACAGGCUCCUAAUAGGCUUCCUCCUGCCUCAAAUAUCGGAAUCUCCAGCUUUUUGAAUGCUCCUAGCCCUCCGCAACAAAACUCACCACAGUCUCAUGAAGAUACGCCAGAAGGUGCAGAGAAGCGAGCAAAGAUCGAGCCACGAGGAUCUGAGCCAUCUCGCUCAGCAUCUCGCCAACCGUAUCCGAACUCGAGCGGAAGCCCUGAGGCCGAAGACCAAACGAAUGGGUCCAAGACGGGUCCUAAUCCACACCAUCACCAUCACCACCACCAUCAUCACCACCACAAUCCUUCUCACCAUCACCAUCACCAUCACCACCACCACAAACUGCAAGCAAGCAGCGAUGCAGCUUCCAAACAGACAGCGACCUCAUCGCCUGCUGCGCAGAAGUCCCAAAGCCCCCCAAAGCCUGUCGUGGCUGGAAAGGAAGCACAGAGUCCCCAGCGUGCCAUCAAGCAGGAAGAAAAUCCGGAAAAGGAUGGCUCCAAGACCCAGCUUGGAUCACCCCAGCAGGCACAUCCAGAUGCGCUCCAGGUGCUGAAGACGGUGAUACCGUUCCCACCAGUAGUGUUGAACACCGAGCCCAUCAAGGAGUUGAUCCAGGAGUACUUUCCGGCCAAGAGGUACCUCGGAACCAUCGUGUACAGUCCCACCACCACCUGGGCCACGUUGCAGACGUCCCAGCUUUACGGACUCAAGCGAGAGCACGCCGAGCGGCUCGAAGAGACCAGGCGCGCGUUUGAAGAACGUGCCAGUGGUCCUCAUGAACGGGCAAAUGUCAGGUACAUUCCAUCUGUUCCUCCUCUUACCAGCGACUACAUCAACAGUAUCUUAGAGAUCAAGAUCCCGCGGUGGCACAUCACCAAAUUCCGUCACAGCUACGACGAGGAAGCCGUGGUCAAGAGGCAGUUGUGGGGCGGAGCCAGUGGGGUCUAUACUGACGACUCCGACGUAUUGAGCGUAUUGGCACACUUGGGAUUAUUUGAAGGAAAACUCGAUCUCCGCGAGUGGAAUCCGCGCUGGAACGGCACCACGGUGAAAGCUGAGGCUGAUGGCGAUCUUGCGGUGCAGCUCUUGUUGUUGCCCAACUUGCCAGAGUACCAUGGCUACUAUGCACAUGGCAUCAAUGCUCGGUCGUGGGUGGGAGUCAACAAGCACAGUGGGCUCUCGUUUGCGGUGUAUGACGUCAAGUGGGAAUCUCCCGGUAGCUACCUUCGCGACGCCGGAAUUUUCAAGCGGUACCGUUGCGAGACCGCUGCAGAUUCGCAGGCGCACGCCGAGCGCACCAGCGAGCAGCACGGAUGGCAGUUCAGCUACAAGUACUACCGCCAGGUGAAGGCGAAGCAUGCCUAG